AUGGCUGCGCCCCGCCUGCCCGCGGCCCUGCGUCCCCCUCCCCCACACCCGCUCCCAAGGUCCUGCUCUCCUCGCUCGCCCUGGACGGCGCGGAUGCGGCCAUCGGUGCAGGAUGCCGUCAACUCGCGCGACUUGAGCUACAGCGAGGUGGCCUGCGUCGCGAUCCUGACCUGGGACGUGCUGAUUAUGUUCUCCGAGGAGUGCGCACAGGUGGAGCACAUCUGGAAGCGGACAUGGGCGCCUGGAAAGGUCUUGUACCUCAUCGCGCGAUACCUCCCUUGGCUGGUUCAACUCGCACUCCUUGCCAUCAACGUUAACGGCACCACCGGACUUUUCUUCACGCCCGCCCAAUGCGGCCAGUGGCAGAUCGUCCAGGGCGUCCUCCUCCAGCUCAUCGUCACCACCGUCGAUGUCAUUCUUAUCACACGCGUCUUGGCGCUAUACAACAGGAACCGCAUUUUGGUUUACUCGCUCGGCGCGCUCUUCUUGGCCGAGCUCGCGUCGCUCUGCUACAUCCUCGCAGUAGUGACCCCACGGCUAACGUACAACGACGAGUGCUACGUCACCUCCAGCCCGCCCAUCUUCCAGUACUUCUGGAUCAUCUCGCUCGCGUUCGAGACUGUCCUCUUCGUGCUCACCAUCGGAAAGUUCAUCGACGCCGUCCGCCAAGGCUGGGGCAAAGGCCCCGUCAUGCAACAAUGGCUUCUUGUUGUCCUCUCCUUCGCUGGAUCGCGCCUCAUCCUCAACCCCCGCCGCGCGUCGACGAUCCACUCCUCCUCGGGCGACAUCACCCGCAGCCAGCUCGACAUCGAGCUCUCGCGCCUCUCGCGCCUCUCCGCGCCGCCCCGGCCGCGCCGCGCGCACGGCAUCGCCGUCACGAUCGAGCGCACGACGACGACGGACAACUUGGAGGCGCACAUCAGCCUCGACUGCGUUCCAGACUCUCCGUGGAGCGCGACGAAGGGCGGGGAGAGCGACGUCGGUGCGUCUCCGAGCUCGCCCGCGUGGCACGAGCGGGAGCGGAUGGGGUUCGGGGUGUAG